UACAGCAAAUCGGAAACAGGUGAGUUUCGUAAAGCUAUCUUUUAUUUGAGCGGAACGUUUUCUUUCGGAUCUCUCAUAAAAUGUUGACAUUGUCUAUUUUGUCGUGGUGGACCGUUCUUGAUGUGUUUCGAAUGAAUUGCUGAUCUCCAUUCCAUGCAGCUGGUUCUUUACAUGGGGUACGUGUUUUUUGGUGAUGGAAACGCUACUUUGGUUUGUAUCUGAUUCUCGUGAAAGCUUGCAUGAAACCAUUUUGGAGAAAGAACAAGAGUACCAAAAGCAUCAAACGAAAGUCUUGGAGACUGCGCAUGAGAUUAUGGGGGAAUCUUCCGACGAUGGAGACGAAUCUGACGAUGAGGAAAACGGUCAAGAUUCAUUGAGGGUUACACUUGAAGAUCCUCCAAAGGCACCAAAGAGACARACCGUCACUUUCGAAAUGAAGGAUGUAUCAGAUGACGACCAAAGYCUUGACGAUAGCAUAAAACAAGAGAUCCGUGAGAAAGAGACAAAUCGGAAUGCCUAUUUUGACACCCUAGAUGAUAUUCUAGAGUAACGGUCGAAUGGAGUCAGAUCAAAGUCGCGAUUCAGCUUCCUACUGGAUUGUUUCGGUAAACAAGCAUUGAGACAUAUGGUCAACAUAUGCUCUCUGAAGCGAAGAGGGAAGUAAYGCCACGCUUAUUURGAGGGGCGUGUUGACAAAGAAACCAACUCAAAGUAU